AUGGCGCCCGGUGGUUUUUCUGCAACGGCCAAGAAAUACCUUCCAGGGGCAGUCGUCGAUGCCGUUACGCUUCCUUCUGGAGACGGUGGUUUCGAGGUCAUUGACAAGGAAGUCUGCCAAAAUAUCGAGUAUGCCGAUAUCAUGAUGUAUGCAAGGAAAAUGGCAUUUGAGGAGGAUAUUUCCAGUAAACACCCUGACCACAGCAAAUUCCAGAAGGGGCGGCCGUUCUUGGGAAAUCUAUACGACAUUGUGAUCUGUGGGGGAGUUGUUGGCAAAAGUCACCAGGGGGAGCCAUACCGGGAAAAACCAAAGGGGUUCGAUCUUGUUGCUACUCCAGAGUCUUGGGAUACUGUGUGUAUUCUCAACGCAUUCAACCAGUUUUCCGACGUUCAACUCUACAAACACCCCAGGAUACAUGCUAUAAAGCCCUCAUUCUAUCUGAUCGCCAAAAAUGUCAACUUGGAGCAUCCCGUUGCGAGAACAUCAAUAUCAUACUGGAAAGACCUCUGGAAAUAUCUGACUUUCAAAGAGUUCACGAAUAUCGCAGAACCGAUUUCAACUCAAUAUGGGCGCGAUGAUGAUUUCGUUGGAAAAAUCAAAGAUAAUUUCGGACCCCGGUUUCUCGAAAUGAUACGGCCUGUGUGGCGAAUGCAGGAUGAAGCACUUCGCAAAGCAUCGUUUACGCAGCAUGCCCAGCAACGAGAUGGAUUGGGACGUCGCGUUGGUGUGCAGUAG